AUGUCACUGGGACGGAUCUACGACUUCAACGACGGCAUGAGUUGGUACACGUGGAUAGAACGUCUAACGUUCUACUGUGAGGCCAAUCUCAUCACAGCACCAGAGAAGAAGCGAGCGGUGCUGCUUACAAUGUGCGGGGAGUCGACGUACGAAACUCUGAAAGCCCUCCUUGCGCCACAACUUCCAUCUGAAGUGAGCUACUCAGAUAUCGUCAGGUGUCUCGCCGAAUACUUCGAUCCAAAACUGUCGGAACUUCUCAGCCGAUUCAAAUUCCAUCAGCGUAAUCAAGCGCCGACGGAAACGAUAGCAGACUAUGUUACAGCACUCAGGGCCAUCGCCAGAGACUGCAAUUUCAGUAUUAGCAGUACAGUUUCGACGCCGGCGACAGAUAGGGCAUCAGGGGAUAGCCCACCACAACAACAGGCAACGACGGAGCAGCCGACACCGCCCACAGCGUUGCCUCUAGACGUCAUGAUGAGAGACCGCUUCAUUUGCGGUAUUCGGGAUAAGAACCUGCAGCAACGCCUUUUAGUGGAGCGUGACAUAACAUUCGAUCGGGCUUUCAAGAUUGCUCUCGCAACGGAGUCAGCAGUGAGUCAGCAGGGUCAGCUGCAGUCGGCACAAGAACGAGACCAGGUUAACAUCGUUCGGAGAAAGUCCGCGGGACAUCGGAAGAAGACGACUAAAACACAAAGGUGUGGCCGCUGUUUGGGAGAUCACGAGGCAAAGGACUGUCGGUUCAAGAAUGCCAUAUGCAACAGGUGCAACAAAAAGGGCCACAUUGCGAGAGCUUGUAAGCAGCAACAUGGAGCGCCAGUGGCAGGAGACAGUCAUCACCUUGCUAGUGGGUCGGAUGAUGAGCGGAGUUCAUCCUCCAGUGAGCUCUACCAACUUAACCACGUCGGGGAUAAACUAGGUCGUCCAGACAUUCCCAAAUUCACAGUGACGCUCAAGGUAGAAGGAAAGCGCCUCAAUUUUGAAGUGGAUUCGGGAGCAGCUUGCUCGAUAAUCAGCGAACAGACUUAUCGGGAGACAUGGCCACACAAUCCUCCGGAGCUAAAGAAAAAGACCACUUGUCUACGAACAUGGUCAGGCGAAGGCCUAAGGGCAUUAGGCACGACUCAAGUACGUGUGCGGUUCAAGACGAAGGACUUCAUUUUGCCUCUGACUGUCAUGAGAGGAACUGGAUGUAAUCUUCUCGGACGAGAUUGGUUCAGGCCGCUGAACAUCAGAGUCAGCGGUAUUCAUCACGUUCAGGACUCAAGCCAGCUGCACACCCUUUUAAAGAAGUACGAAACUGUGUUUGUCGAAAACAUCGACGGUCACAAGGGGGCCCCGGUUUCACUGGAGCUGAAGGAGAACGCCACGCCUUGCUUCUUGAAGGCUCGACCUGUCCCCUUCGCUCUUAGAAGUACAGUAGAGAAAGAAAUCGACCAGUUAGUCUCCCAAGGGGUGCUGGAGCCGGCACAGCACUCGGACUGGGCUACACCGCUGGUCGUCGUGAAAAAAAAGGAUGGCAGCAUACGACUGUGUGGUGAUUACCGUAGCACGGUUAACCUGAGGACCAAGGCAUCAUCCUACCCGCUUCCCACUACCACCGAGGUCUUCACCAGACUUCGUGGAGGAAAAAUAUUUUCUACGCUGGAUUUGAAACAAGCGUAUCAGCAGCUCCGAUUGACCACUGCGGCUGCGGAAAUUUUGACUGUUAACACGAUUAAGGGUUUGUUCCGGAUGAAGAGGCUUCCGUUCGGAAUAUCGGCAGCUCCAGGAAUUUUCCAGCGGUUCAUCGACACCUUGCUGGCGGAUAUUCCAGGCACAAGCGCUUACCUGGAUGACGUCAUUGUCUGCGGAAAGGACAUAGAUGAACAUAACAGACGCCUGGAGCAGGUGCUCAGUAAGCUGGAAGGGGGGAACCUUCGCCUAAGAAGAGACAAGUGCAAAUUCGCGCUGCCAGAGGUUUCUUACUUAGGACAUCGCAUUGAUGCAGAAGGUCUGCAUCCGACAGACGACAAGGUCAAGGCAUUGCUUCAGGCCCCAUCACCGAAGUCCAAGACCGAAUUGAAAGCGUUUCUAGGCAUGCUGUCGUUUUACGACCGGUUCCUGAGAAACCGCGCCGCCAUAGCAAGGGAUCUGUAUGAAUUGCUUAAACACGGCAACAAAUGGCAGUGGCUGAAAAGGCACCAAUUGGCGUUCGAAAACCUCAAGAAGCUGAUAAACGAAUCUACUGUACUUGCCCACUACGACGAGACAAAACCAUUAGUAAUCGCGUGCGACGCCUCUCCAUACGGUGUAGGGGCCGUGCUUGCACAACUGGACGACGAUGACCGCGAACUGCCCGUUGCGUUUGCCUCGCGCACGUUGGGACGUGCAGAGCAGAACUACGCUCAACUGGAUCGGGAAGGACUAGCAUUGGUGUUUGCGGUAGAAAAAUUUCACCAGUACGUCGCAGGAAGGAGUUUCAAGAUAUACACCGAUCAUCGACCGCUGCUUGGCAUAAUGGGGCAACACAAGCCAAUGCCUGCAAUGCUGUCGCCAAGGAUGACGAGAUGGUGUCUGAAAUUAGGGUGCUAUGAUUACGACUUGUGCUAUCGGAAGGGCACCACAAACCAAAAUGCUGACGCCUUCAGUAGACUGCCGUUGCCAUCCAUGACCGAUGAACCGUAUAGACCGGGUGACGUGCUCCUGUUGGACACGUUAGAAGGACCUGUUCUCACGGCUAAAACCCUAGAAAAGAUGACUCAGCAAGAUCCGGUGCUGUCAGCAGUUCACAGAGCAUUGCGAAACGGUAGCCUUCACAAGUUACGGGAACAUGGCUUCGACCAAUACAAGAUACGCCGUCGGGAGCUGGCUACGGAGGGUGAUUGUGUGACCAGAGGUUCAAGAGUUGUGGUUCCCCCGGCUGCUCGAGAGCAGGCCUUGAAACUGGUGCAUUGCGGACACAGGGGCAUAGUCACAAUGAAAGCGUGUGCUCGAAGCUACAUGUGGUGGCCGGGAAUCGAUCGUGACAUUGAGCAACUCGUACGCGGCUGCUCCAAAUGCCAGGUCGAUCGACGCUCUCCGCCCCGAGCUCCGCCACCGCUGUGGACAAGACCGGCGGAACCCUGGAAGACCAUUCACAUCGACUUCGCCGGACCGGUUGACGGGCGAACGUAUCUACUGGUUGUUGACGCCUACACGAAGUGGCUGGAAGUUAGGCGAAUGACAAGUACUACGGCCGCCGCUGUGAUUGAACAGCUAAGGUAUAUGUUCGCCACCUUCGGAAUUCCGCAGGUAGUCGUGUCAGAUAAUGGGUCGGUGUUCCUAUCGGCAGAAACCAAGAGAUUUUUCAAAGCAAAUGGCGUCGAGCAUCGCACAAGUGCUCCGUAUCACCCGGCCACUAACGGCCAAGUAGAGCGCAUGGUGGCGGAACUGAAGAGGGUUCUGAAACGGGAUAGUGCGGGACACGUUGACAAGUGCCUGGCGCGGUUUAUGUUCAAGCAGCAUACUACAAUCAACGCCACCAUAGGCAAGUCGCCAGCAGCCAUGAUGUUCAGCAGGGAGCUUCCGUCGCCGCUGUCGGCGUUGAAACCAAGUGACCAUCGGAGUUCAAUGGGGGAGGACGAGGAGGGAGCUGGGUCACGUUACGCGCUGUUCAAGCCAUCGAUGAGAGUCUACAUUAGAAACUUCACAGGAGGUCCUCAGUGGAUACCUGGUCAGCUGCUUGAUCGGAUGGGUCGGCGGUCGUGGAUGGUCCAGACAGAGCACGGAACGACACGACGUCACGUCGAUCACAUUAGACGACGUUAUGAUCAGGAUCCCUGGAACAGCAGUUCCGUUCCGUGGACUGUGGACAUUUCCCCUGAGCGACCGUCAGGGGCAGCUGCAGUAGAUCCUCAACGAUUAACGGAGUGCUCGGAUGUGGUGACUGCUCCCGCCGUUCCUGAAACCAGGGAUCCGCCUGCAAGAGAGCUUAGAAGGUCACAGCGUACGCGCCAGCCGCCAGACUUUUUCCGACCUUGCUGA